AUGAAGGUGAUCAUGCAGCGUGUGACUAGUGCCUCUGUGCGUGUAGAAGGCAAGACUGUGGGCGAAAUUCAGAAAGGAUUGUUGUGUUUUCUUGGUAUUGGCAAUGAUGACACCGAGGAUGACGCAGAAUGGUGUUGUCGUCGUUUAUUGAACGCUCGUUUGUGGCCUGAUGAAAGCGGAAAGCCGUGGAAAAGAUCAGUGAAGAGUUGUGAGCAUGACGUGCUACUUGUGAGCCAAUUUACGCUACACGGUCAAUUUGCAGGCAAUAAACCCGACUUUCAUCUCUCCAUGAAGCAUGAGCCAGCAAGAAAGUUCUAUGACGCAUUUUGUGAUCGUGUACGACGUGAGUAUAUCGCUGACAAGGUGGCGGAAGGCGAGUUUGGCGCCUAUAUGGAAGUGUUUAUUGUGAACGACGGACCAGUGACGAUGGAGAUCAACUCGAAAGACAGAAAACCUACCAAGAUGUAG